GGCGCGGUCCCCCUUGUCCCCACCAGGCACCAUGGACUGGAAGACGUUCCAGGGCCUUCUGAGUGGCGUGAACAAGUACUCCACAGCAUUUGGGCGCAUCUGGCUGUCAGUGGUAUUCGUCUUCCGGUUGCUGGUGUACGUGGUGGCCGCAGAGCGCGUCUGGGGUGACGAGCAGAAGGACUUUGACUGCAACACCAAGCAGCCCGGCUGCACCAACGUGUGUUAUGACUACUUCUUUCCCAUCUCCAACAUCCGCCUGUGGGCCCUGCAGCUCAUCUUCGUCACCUGUCCCUCGCUGCUGGUCAUCCUGCACGUCGCCUACCGGGAGGAGCGGGAGCGGCGGCACCGCCAGAAGCACGGGGACCAGUGUGCCAAGCUGUACAGCAACACCGGCAAGAAGCACGGGGGCCUGUGGUGGACCUACCUGUUCAGCCUCAUCUUCAAGCUCAUCAUCGAGUUCCUCUUCCUGUACGUGCUGCACACGCUCUGGCAUGGUUUCAGCAUGCCGCGCCUGGUGCAGUGUGUCAGCGUGGCGCCCUGCCCCAACACCGUGGACUGCUACAUCGCGCGGCCCACCGAGAAGAAGGUCUUCACCUACUUCAUGGUGGGCGCCUCUGCUGUCUGCAUCGUACUCACCAUCUGUGAGAUCUGCUACCUCAUCUUCCACAGGGUCCUGCGAGGCUUGCACAAGGACAAACCCACAAGGAGCCUCCCAUCCUCCAGCAGCCGGGCCUCCACCUGCCGCUGCCACCACAAGUUGGUGGAGGCUGGAGAGCUGGGUCCCAACCCAGAUGAUGACACGCUGCAGGCUUCGGCACCCAAACUGAGCCCCGUCUGA